GUUGCAUAAUUUACAGAAUAACUGUGGAAACAGUGUGGAACGCUAGGCAUAUUCACUCUUAAGAUAUAGUCUAAGCUCUGAGGUUUCCAGGGUAAUGCUCCCUUCUUCCGGCCACCGAGACACAGACACCCACAUAUCUGCUGAGCACCUGGGAAGCAUCUGAAAGAUUUAGGGAUGGUGUCCCAGUCAGUAAGGGCUGGUGAUGGGAACCAUGUGGAGCCCUGGAGGAGCAGGGAGCUGCCCUGCAGAGACUUGGGAAAAGAACCCUCCAGGAAAGUGAGCAGAAUACUCAAAGCCCAGAUAUAAAACAGGAAACAGAAGGCGGGAGGCCACGAGGAACUGGGUUUGCAGGCCUGGGGACUUUUGGGAAGGAAUGGUUGUUGGGACAGAAAGGGAAGAGACCCCACUAGGCUUGUCAGCUUGAUGUGGAUGGGUGACCCCAAAGAUGUCUAACGACAUCCAGAAGUUAGUAUCGGGGACAGUAGGCAGAGCCUAAAGUCUAGCCACUGAACAGAAAAGGUGAUGAGGACAGGGUUCAUGCUCCUCUGUGCUUUCCAUUCAGAAUCAGACUGAAACACACCAAGGAGCAGGUAAACAAGCAAGAUUGUGGAGAAAGAAAUCUAGCCUACUUCUGCUAACUAGUCCCCAAAUCCCAAAGAUUUAUAGCCCCUCAAAACACUGCCAUUAUCUGGGAACAAAGUAUCUCUGAGCAUAUGAGAGACGUUUCAGACUGACAACUGCAUCCCGCUCUACUGACAGUCUUGCCUUAUUCCCAGUGUUGUCUUCAAUAGCUGAGGUUAUGGCCACCCACAGAGCUCUUAUCUGCUAUCCAGUGCAGUGACCAGAGUCAUGAGUGAUGAACGACUUUCUGUGCAUAUGGCCCUGUGUUUCUCAACACCCUCAAAUCUUGAUUGACGGCUGAUUCAAUUAAGACCAUGGAGGGGGCCGCCGGAAGUGUCACGAAGUGUUGUGCGACCGAGUCUGUACUGAGAUGGGCCUGGACCCGGAGCGAUACCACUAUGUCCAUCGAAAUCGAGUCUUCCGAUGUGAUUCGUCUCAUCAUGCAGUACUUGCAGGAGAACAGUUUGUACCGGGCAUUGGCCACCUUACAGGAGGAGACUACUGUCUCUCUCAACACUGUGGACGGCAUUGAAAGUUUCAUGGCUGACAUUAACAGUGGCCAUUGGGAUACUGUUUUACAGGCUAUACAGUCUCUGAACUUGCCAGACAAAACCCUUAUUGAUCUCUAUGAACAGGUUGUUCUGGAACUGAUAGAACUUCGGUUGGGUGCUGUCACGUCCCUUCUGAGACAGACAGACCCCAUGAUUAUGUUGAAGCAAACACAGCCAGAGCGCUAUAUUCAUCUGGAAAACCUCUUAGCCAGGUCUUACUUUGAUCCUCGUGAGGCCUAUCCAGAUGGAAGCAGCAAAGAGAAAAGGAGAGCUGCGAUUGCCCAGGCAUUAGCUGGAGAAGUCAGCGUGGUGCCUCCAUCUCGUCUCAUGGCAUUGCUGGGACAGGCGUUGAAGUGGCAGCAACACCAGGGCUUGCUUCCUCCUGGUAUGACCAUAGAUUUGUUUCGAGACAAAGCAGCUGUCAAAGACGUGGAAGAAGAAAAGUUUCCCACACAGCUGAGCAGGCAUAUUAAGUUUGGUCAGAAAUCGCACAUGGAGUGUUCUUGGUUCUCUCCAGAUGGUCAGUAUCUGGUCACUGGAUCUGUUGAUGGAUUUAUUGAAGUGUGGAACUUCACUACAGGAAAAAUCAGGAAGGAUCGUAAGUACCAGGCCCAAGAUAACUUCAUGAUGAUGGAUGAUGCUGUCCUCUGCAUGUGUUUCAGCCGAGAUACUGAAAUGUUAGCAACGGGGGCCCAAGAUGGAAAGAUUAAGGUGUGGAAGAUUCAGAGUGGACAGUGUUUAAGGAGAUUUGAAAGGGCACACAGUAAAGGUGUCACCUGUCUAAGCUUUUCAAAGGACAGCAGUCAGAUCCUCAGUGCAUCUUUUGACCAAACAAUAAGAAUUUAUGGUUUAAAAUCUGGAAAAACACUGAAGGAAUUUCAAGGCCAUUCCUCCUUUGUUAACAAGGCAACAUUUACCCAGGAUGGACAUUACAUUAUCAGUGCAUCUUCUGAUGGCACUGUGAAGAUCUGGAACAUGAAGACCACGGAAUGUUCAAAUACCUUUAAAUCAUUGGGCAGUACUGCAGGGACGGAUAUUGCCGUCAAUAGUGUGAUUCUGCUUCCUAAAAACCUAGAGCACUUUGUUGUGUGCAACCGAUCAAACACAGUGGUCAUCAUGAACAUGUAGGGGCAGAUUGUCAGAAGCUUCAGUUCUGGUAAGAGAGAAGGUGGUGACUUCGUUUGCUGUGCCCUCUCUCUCCGCGGUGAGUGGAUCUACUGUGCUGGGGAGGACUUCGUGCUCUACUGCUUCAACACAGUCACCAGCAAGCUGGAGAGAACUCUGACGGUUCAUGAGAAGGAUGUGAUUGGGAUUGCACACCACCCGCAUCAGAACCUGACUGCUACCUACAGUGAGGAUGGACUCCUGAAGCUCUGGAAACCCCAAGUCUCUUUUACAAUGGAGACCUGUUCCUGUGUUACUUUUACUUUUCAUAUCUGCCUUUGUAAGCAAACCAAAGGAGGAAGUCUGCCCUUCUUCGAUAGAAACUAUUUACUUGUGUCUCAGCAAGUCUUUAUCCACAAUAAACAGUAUAAAGUUAAAAUUGCCAGACACACAAGGAAGAUACGUUGUUAGACAGUGAUUGGAGAAGUGGCACUGGCACUAUGGUCAGAAGAGACUUUAGUCGUGAGUACAGAUCAGAGAGGGGACGACAAAGGAGAGCGGCAUGCAUAAACAAACAAACAGGAAAUUAUAGAAGAUAGGUGUGUUGGCCUACAAAAGAAUUCCACAAGAACCCAGAAUAUUUUAAACCCUAUUGACUAA